UGAAUAAUUUCAAUUGCAUCAGAUGUUUGAGAUGUAUGAGUCAGAGAUGUGUUGCCAUGUGGUUGUAGCUAUCCUAGAUAAUACCAAAAUUUCAGAGGUUGUGCUAACUGAUGAGUUAGAGCCUUUGUGUGUGGUGCCACCUACUGAUGGGGUGCCUGCUAACCCAACUGGAGUGUCUGCAUCCAAAGUGGCAGAUUCAGAAGAGCCUGCAGCUAAGGAGGCAGAUGUUCUAUUCACUGACUUAUUUGAUAAUGAGGAGGAAUAUGUUGGUGCGGAUGAUGAGCACAUCUAUAUGCCUAUGCCACCAUCAACUGCAGCAGCAUCAGAGCCUGAAUCUCAUGCACAACAAACUGAAUCUCAUGAAAAUAUUCCUGCUGCUGAAGGAGGUGAAGGAGCUGAAGGAGGUGAAGGAGGUGGAGGAGGACCAGCUGAGGUAGAGGUAAAUGAUGCAGAUCCCCAGGAGUUCAAUGUGGUACAUGAUCCUGACCACCCAAAUAUUGAGAAGGGUUCAUUAUUUCCUGAUAUUGUGACAUUCAGAAAAGCAGUCAGGCAUUAUGCAGUGAAGAGGGGCUUUGAGUUCACUGACAUGAAGACAGAUAAGACCAGAUUCAUUGCCAAGUGUGCCCAUACAAGAUGUCCAUGGAGAAUACAUGCUUCUAGAGUUAAUGGUACCAAGACAAUUGAGAUAAAAGUCCUUCCUGCUGAGCACAAUUGCCCUACUACCAAACUGAGGGAAAGCAAAAUGACUACACAAGGGUGGGUUGCUGACAGACUGUCUGACUGGGUGAAGAAGAAUCCUGGCAAGGGUGCAAAGGAUGCCAAAGAAAAAGUAGAGGGGAUUAUGGCAUCAAGUUGAAGUAUUCAAAGGCUU